UAUUUUACACUUUUCCGUUCACAGUGUCUUUCUCUCUCUCUCUACAUACGCGGCUCUUUCUCCUCUCAGACGUGUAACAUCAACAUCCUCUUGCUUUUGGUGCUUUGAGUUGUUUUGUUACCUUGCAAACACCUGUGUUUCACAGAGACCAACAAUAUAUUUUUGGGGUUAAACAUUAUCUCUUCAGGUUUUCAUGGGGAUUAGCAAUAUAUUUUGGGGGUUAAACAUUAUCUCUUCAGGUUAGAUUACUUCGAUGCCCUUGUUUCUGGCAAAUCUGAUGUUUACUUUUAAGGUUAUAUUGGACAGUUUAUAGAAGUGUUUAGCUAUGAUAGUUGAAUAAAUUCUGGAUUACGCUCUGUUCUGCUUGGGUUUUCUGUCGAUGUUUCUCGCUUCGCUUCUCCACUGUUCAGCUUUUCGUCUCUGUGCUCGUUUCCUGACAGCUGUUACCUUUCAAUGGAUCUUGACACACUGAAGCUGAAUCCUCUUGGAUUAACAUAUGCUUUUUCAAUUUAUAGAGAAUAUAUGGAGUAUAGAUUAACCAUUGAUAAGAUCACUCCACAAACAAAAGAGUGGACCUCAAAGGUACAUCUCAUUAAGAAACCUCGGCCAAGGAAAAGUAAAGAUGGAAAGACCCGAUUCCAGAUUGUUGUUGUCCAAGACGAAAAUGAAGACAAAGUAGCUGCUGUUUUGUAUGGAGAAGACAUAGAAAAGGAUGCACACAAGCUAACUCCGUUUUCCACUUACUUGAUAUCUACUGCAAAAGUGAGGAUUCCUCUACCCUACAGAGUACCUACGAACCGUUUUGAAUGGGUUAUCGAUAGAUUUACUGUUGUCGAAGAGGUGAAAGAUGACAACAUACAAGACCCACCGCUCCCACCUCCGACAAGGUUGAACACUAUACAUUUUGCAUAUCUGCAGGAGCAACAACAAAAUAAGGAAUUUGGUAACCAUAAUUUUACGCACAUAAUUGCUGUCGUGGUGAACUGUGGGUCGAUAAAGUAUGAUGGCGCUAACAGUAACAAAUGUCGUGAAAUCAUCAUAAUGGAUACCGGUAUGAACUCUUUUAUCCUUAUGCUGUGGGAAGACUUCGACGACGUUGAUGGAAGCAUCCUAGCUGCACAGGUUGCUAAAUAUCCAGUAAUUGUAGCAAAGCGAAUUACUCGAACCACCUAUGGCGGAUUAUCAUUGUCGACAAGGUACAACUCAGUCAUACUGAUAAAUCCACCAUAUCCUCAGGUUGGAAGGCUUCAAAACUGAUGGACUAGCAUAUGCAAUUCGUCGUCGUACCACCAUGUUUUCCUGCUUACCAAAAAAAAGGGACAUGCUUAGCAGGCUAUUAGUUCAAAAUUUCUCUAUCAGUUAAUUACAAGUUUAUUACAAUUUGGUAUCUAUGUAUCUUCAUUUAAUUAGUUUUGAACUACAUUGCAUCUCAUUGUACAAUAUAAAUUUAUGAGUUUAAAAUCUUACAGCUUACACGCAAACUUUUUCACCAAAAUAAUUUACCGAAUAGUUCUUGAGGAUGUGUGACGUUGUCCUUACAUUCAGUGACUAUUUUGGUACGCUAUAUGUAACAUUGCUAAGAGCAACCAACACUUCUAUGCGCUUCCAAUAUAUACUUCUAUUCCUUUGAUUAUCUAUGAAAUAGUACUGCACCACGUUGGUUGUUGCGAUAGUUGAUCUACAAUCAGACAAAUAAGGUAAUAUUGUCAUUCAACAGUGACUAAAUUUCUACAAAAUGAACUUAUUCUUCAAACAGGAACUGUCGCUGUCACUUGAGCUAAUAACCAGAGUUUCUUAUCUGUAUCCUCAGAAAAUGGCUACGCUAUAUGUCAACAUAACACAUAUAUGUACUAUAUGUUGGAGUUGUGGUCGGGUGAAAAUUAUGUUAUCUGUAUUAUAGUUAUGGUCAAUUGAAAGAUGCAGUUUUUUUGGGUACUUUCUGUUAAUUUCCCGUGCUUCUACGUAAUAAUUUCUCAUUGAAACAACAUAUUCCUACUUUUUCCUACGUCUUUAAAGCUUAUCACAACCUUUUAGUGUCAUUUAAAAUGUACCUGACAUU